CACAGAAACAGAAACGAAAGUGGGUUUAUAUCGUUUGUCGUUUGUGAGUGCAAGAAAAUAAAUUAUACCUGCUCCGCUGUUCGUUCCCAUUAAACAAUUUAAUUUUCUCAAUCUCAACAAAUCUGCAUUGCGAAACCUGCUUUCCGUCUUCGUCUUCGUCUCCAUUCCAUUUUUUCAAUUAAACAAAAAAUGGGCUUGAAUAAAGGAGUUAAUUUAAGUGAUAUUAGUUCAUCAGAACAAACCGAAUUAUCGGAAACAUUUUAUGUAAACAAUAAGAAAAACACAAUUUUCAAAGUUUCGCUCUCCGAAAAAGGGUUUAGCUUGAAAAAAACCACCAAUGGUAUUGUGAAAGAACGAAUAAUUGAAAUUAACGAUAUAAUCGGAAGUCAUUGCAUGCGAAGCAAGAAAAAGUCGAGAACUAAUAUCGGCUCGUGUGCCUGCUCCUCGCCCAAUGUCAAGGAUGUGAAGAGUGUUUUUGAAGAAGGCAGCGGCCUAGAGGCUUCGGGUGGCGAAGAAAACUGUGAUUCAAGUGCAUAUCUUUAUGUGUACGCUUAUGUGCUAAAGAAAAGUCUUCGGAAUAAUAUGAGACGCGAACGGACGGUGCUGACGUUAAGAUUUCGGUCGUUCGAUAAAUAUGAUGAUAACAACCGCGAAGCCCUCAAGUGGCACAAUCACAUCAAGAGAUUACGAAAUACUCUAACUGGCCAUGGUAAUAGUUCCAUGUUCAGUGCACAGAAUAAGAUUUUGGUUAUAUUGAAUCCGAAGUCGGGAGCAGGGAAAGCUCGAGAGUUAUUCCAUCAGGAAGUUGUGCCUGUGUUUGUGGAGGCAGAGAUAUCUUAUGAUUUGUAUGUAACUAAGUAUGCCAAUUAUGCCAAAGAGUUUAUGCGAUCCAAGGGAAUGAGCAAUUGGAGGGCGAUUAUCGUUGUCGGUGGAGAUGGUAUUUAUUUUGAGGUCAUAAAUGGACUGAUGCAGCGCCAGGAUUGGAAGGAGACCUUCGAGAGAAUAUCAAUUGGAGUUAUACCGUGUGGUUCUGGCAAUGGACUGGCCAAGUCUAUAUCCUUCUCGAAUAAUGAACCAUAUCAACCGAAGCCAAUUUUGAGUGCAGCAUUAACAGCAGUUCGUGGAAAGACAACACCAAUGGAUUUGGUUCGAGUGGAAACCCGUUCUCAAAUAAUGUUUUCGUUUCUCUCAAUUGGGUGGGGUCUAAUAUCGGAUAUCGAUAUCGAAAGUGAGAGAUUACGGACUUUGGGCUAUCAAAGAUUCACAGUAUGGUCGGUUCACAGACUAAUAAGCUUACGCACAUAUCACGGAAAACUAUCAUAUCUUCCUAAGACAUCUGAAAAUGAAGACAAAACAGACAGCUCUGCAAAUAAAACAAAUUCUUCUUCUCAUAAGCACAAAUUGAGCAUAGACACUUCCUUUUCAAAAUCGGACUCAUUCGAUUCAACCGACAGUCCAGAAUUAAACGAAUACGGCGAGGUGAUUUCUUUAGAAACAUCAGCAGGUUCUGAGUUCUUUAGACAACGUGGUAAUAGCUGGUAUUCAGCAACAUCGCGCAAGAGCGCUUACUUUUCGAUUGCCGAGAGCCUAUAUCAAAGUAUCGAUGGCCAGGAAACAGGUUCCAGUGAGAAAAGAUCAUCCCAGCAAAAUACAUUCCAGACCUAUGGACCCAGUCCCAAUGCCCCGUCUUUAAUGAGCCCAGUUCCUGAUACAUGGGUAACCGAAGAAGGCGAAUAUGUUAUGGUACAUGCUGCUUACCAAUCACACUUGGGAACGGACAUCUUUUUUGCUCCUUCUGCCAAAUUGAGUGAUGGCACAAUUUGGUUGGUUGUUAUUCGAAGUGGAGUUAGUAGAUCGCAAUUAUUGAAUUUUCUACUAAAUUUGAGUUCGGGAACUCAUUUGCCGUCGAAAAGCAAUGAAUUCAUUAAAAUUAUACCAGUUACGGCAUUUAGAAUAGAACCGACCGGAACUGAAGGUAUUAUAACAGUGGAUGGCGAAAGAGUCGAGUAUGGUAUUAUACAAGGAGAAAUAUUUCCCAAUAUUGUUAACGUGAUGGUACCCUAAUGAAACGUACAAUUUUUUGUGUUUAUAGUAAUUGUAGUAUUAUUGAAAAGUAUAUAAUUGUUAGUAUUAAUGUUUUGCCAUUUUGUUAAAUCGUAAUUCUUAAAGGUUAAGGGAGAAUACUGUAAUAUUUCUUUAUACAUUCCAUAUUAUAAUAUUAUAUUAAAUUACUUUAAAAACAAGUAUAAAAAGA